AAGGUGUGCCUUCCUUUCAUAUCCAGCUGUAGUGAAUGGAUUAUCAUUUCAAGUUCUGGAAGAGCUUCGUUAUCUGACUGGAGGUUGACGUUGCUCAUGGAAGGGGAGAAGAAAGUCUGUGGAAGACAUAUCAACUAGUUAGCAAACGCUAAAACCUGCGUUAUAAUAACAAAAUCAGGUCUCUGAGGGCUUUGUUCUCUGGAUCUGUGACUCGCUGCUGGACAGGCAUGAGCAACUAGGCAUGCGGCGCUCCAAGGGAAAUGGCUUCUGAACUGCCCACGUCUUGGUGCCCACUGCACGGCCUCCUCCACCUCCUCUGAACAGGGACUGCACAGACAUUUAUGGGAUCUACAUACCUCUCCUCACUAAGGAUUUAAAACUCCCCUCCCUUUUUUCCCUUGGCCCCCUCCCCCUUUUUUACAUUUUCCUGUCCCUGCCCCUUCUUGCCCAGUCUUUUUGACCUCUGUACUGUCCCACGCGGAAGAAGGAGACGGGGACGACUUUUCCCAGCCACAUACGCUUGAAGCGGGGCAGCCAGCCUAGUAGGGCCUGAUGGCGAACAACUCGUACAGUGGGGUGAAGAGCCCCCGAGCGCAGGCCAACCACGAUGGUGGGGACUUUGGUGUCACGCUCAAGGACCUACGCUCGCUCAUGGAACUGCGGGGGACUGAGGGUCUUACCAAAAUCCAGGAAAACUACGGCGAUGUUCAUGGACUCUGCACCAGAUUGAUAUCAUCACCCAUAGAGGGUUUAAGUGGGCAGCCUGCAGACGUUGAGAAAAGACAAACAACGUUUGGACAGAACUAUAUACCUCCAAAGAAGGCAAAAACAUUUUUGCAAUUAGUUUGGGAAGCAUUACAAGAUGUGACGUUGAUUAUCUUAGAAGUGGCAGCCAUAGUUUCAUUAGGCCUUUCAUUUUAUAGACCUCCUGAGGCUGAAGAUGUAGACUGCGGUAAAGCAGCUGGUGGCGUGGAGGAUGAAGGCGAGUCGGAGGCUGGUUGGAUUGAGGGAGCCGCCAUCCUGCUGUCGGUGGUCUGCGUGGUGCUAGUGACUGCCUUCAACGACUGGAGCAAAGAGAAACAGUUCCGUGGCCUCCAGAGCCGCAUUGAACAAGAACAGAAGUUCACCGUGGUACGGGGCGGACAGGUCAUCCAGAUCCCAGUGGCCGAUAUAGUGGUCGGGGACAUAGCACAAAUCAAAUAUGGUGACCUUCUCCCUGCUGAUGGCGUCCUCAUCCAAGGGAAUGAUCUGAAGAUCGACGAGAGCUCGCUGACGGGCGAGUCCGACCACGUGAAGAAGACGCAAGAGAAAGACCCCAUGCUGCUGUCAGGAACCCAUGUCAUGGAGGGCUCCGGAAAAAUGCUGGUCACUGCCGUGGGAGUCAACUCCCAAACUGGAAUAAUCUUCACUUUACUCGGUGCUUCAGAAGAAGAAGACGAUGAUGAGGAGGAGAAGAAGAAGAAAGAGGAGAAGAAGAAGGACAAGAAAAACAAAAAGCAGGAUGGCUCGGUUGAAAACCGAAAGAAAGCCAAAGCCCAGGAUGGAGCAGCCAUGGAAAUGCAGCCGCUGAACAGUGACGAAGGAGCUGAUGCUGAGGAGAAGAAGAAAAGCAAUCUGCCAAAGAAGGAGAAAUCUGUUCUCCAGGGGAAGUUGACCAAACUAGCUGUCCAGAUCGGCAAAGCUGGCCUAUUUAUGUCGGCUGUUACAGUCGUCAUCCUGGUGGCUCUCUUCGCCAUCGACACCUUCGGAAGGCAGGGCUUGUCGUGGGUUAAGGAGUGCACUCCUAUCUACAUCCAAUUCUUCGUCAAGUUCUUCAUCAUUGGCGUCACCGUGCUGGUCGUGGCUGUGCCCGAAGGCCUGCCCCUGGCAGUCACCAUCUCGCUGGCUUACUCCGUUAAAAAAAUGAUGAAGGACAACAACCUGGUCCGGCACCUCGACGCCUGUGAAACCAUGGGCAACGCCACUGCCAUCUGCUCUGACAAGACGGGUACGCUGACUAUGAACAGGAUGACUGUAGUGCAGGCGUACUUGGCUGAUAAACACCACAGGAGGAUACCCACGCCAGAAUCCAUCCCAUCGGGCAUCAUGGACCUGCUCAUUGUGGGCAUCAGUGUCAACUCCGCCUACACUACCAAGAUCAUGCCACCGGAGAAAGAGGGCGGCCUGCCUCGUCAGGUGGGCAACAAAACGGAAUGUUCCUUGCUGGGCUUCGUAUUGGACUUGAAAAAGGACUACCAAGCAAUACGGAACGAGAUCCCUGAGGAGACACUCUACAAAGUCUACACCUUCAACUCUGUCAGAAAAUCCAUGAGCACCGUGCUGAAGAAUGCUGACGGAAGCUUCCGGAUGUUCAGCAAAGGCGCCUCAGAGAUUCUCCUCAAGAAGUGUUGUAAGAUCCUGACUGCCUCGGGUGAGGCGCGGGUCUUCCGGCCGAGGGACCGGGAUGACAUGGUCAAGAAGGUGAUUGAGCCCAUGGCCUCAGAGGGCCUUAGGACCAUCUGCAUGGCCUACCGCGAUUUCCCCCUCGCAGACGGAGAGCCCGACUGGGACAAUGAAACAGACAUCCUCACCAGUCUCACCUGCAUCUGCGUAGUGGGCAUCGAGGACCCAGUCAGACCAGAGGUCCCCGAUGCUAUAAGGAAGUGCCAGCGUGCCGGAAUCACCGUGCGUAUGGUCACAGGGGACAACAUCAACACAGCCCGCGCCAUAGCAACCAAGUGUGGUAUCCUGCAGCCAGGCGACGACUUCAUCUGCCUAGAGGGCAAAGAGUUCAACCGCCGCAUCCGCAACGAGAAGGGAGAGAUUGAACAAGAGCGCAUUGAUAAGAUCUGGCCCAAACUGCGAGUGCUGGCCCGGUCCUCCCCCACUGAUAAGCACACGCUAGUGAAAGGUAUCAUCGACAGCACAGUCACAGAGCAAAGACAAGUAGUGGCGGUGACGGGAGAUGGCACCAAUGAUGGCCCCGCCUUGAAGAAAGCCGAUGUCGGGUUUGCCAUGGGAAUCGCUGGCACAGACGUGGCCAAGGAAGCGUCGGACAUCAUCCUGACAGAUGACAACUUCAGCAGCAUUGUGAGGGCGGUGAUGUGGGGGCGUAAUGUCUACGACAGCAUCUCCAAGUUCCUGCAGUUCCAGCUCACCGUCAAUGUGGUGGCUGUGAUCGUGGCCUUCACUGGAGCCUGCAUCACACAGGACUCUCCCCUGAAAGCGGUACAGAUGCUGUGGGUGAACCUGAUUAUGGAUACCUUCGCCUCCCUGGCGCUUGCCACCGAGCCCCCCACAGAGUCCCUCUUGCUCAGGAAGCCUUAUGGACGCAACAAGCCUCUUAUUUCCAAGACCAUGAUGAAGAACAUAUUUGGCCAUGCCGUUUACCAGCUCACCAUCAUCUUCGGACUGCUCUUUGCUGGUGAGAAGAUAUUUGACAUCGACAGCGGCAGAAACGCCCCUCUCCAUGCCCCUCCCUCUGAACACUAUACCAUCGUCUUUAACACCUUCGUCAUGAUGCAGCUCUUCAACGAGAUCAAUGCCCGUAAGAUCCAUGGCGAGAGGAACGUGUUUGAUGGGAUCUUCAACAACCUCAUCUUCUGCAGCAUAGUCUUUGGCACCUUCCUCAUCCAGAUUGUCAUUGUGCAGUUUGGAGGGAAGCCCUUUAGCUGUGUUGGUCUCACUAUUGACCAAUGGCUCUGGUGUGUCUUCCUGGGCUUUGGCUGUCUCCUCUGGGGUCAGAUCAUCUCUUCAGUUCCCACAAGCUGGCUGAAGUUCCUGAGGCCGGCGGGCCACGGCACACAGAAGGAGGAGAUCCCUGCAGAGGAACUGGACGAAAUGGAGGAAAUGGAGGAGAUCGACCACGCCGAGCGUGAGCUGCGCCGUGGCCAGAUCCUCUGGUUCCGUGGCCUCAACCGCAUUCAGACCCAGAUGGAUGUAGUCAAUGCGUUCCAGAGUGGCACUUCCUUUCAGGGGGCCCUCAGGCGCCAGACCUCCAGCACCUCCAGCCAACAGCACGAUAUCCGAGUGGUGAAUGCAUUCCGCAGCUCCCUAUGUCCUUAUGAUGGGCUGGAGAAGCCCGAGUCGCGUACCUCCAUCCACAACUUCAUGACCCACCCCGAGUUCCGCAUCGAGGACUCCGAGCCGCACAUCCCCCUCAUCGAUGACACAGACGCCGAGGAUGACGCCCCCACCAAGCGCAACAACAACAACGCCAGCGGCACCACCGCUUCACCCAGCCCCUCGCCGACCCCCACCCCGACCCCUACGCCCCUGGCCACCACCCCACCUCCGCCCUCGCCCAACCAGAACAAUAACGCCGUGGAGAGCGGCCUGCACUUUUUCCUGGACGCCAACAGCGGCAAGCCCCAGACAUCGCCGUCGGCCCCCGCCAGCCCUCUGCACAGCCUGGAGACCUCUCUCUGAUCCAGCGCCUCGCCCCACCCACACUGCCCUCUCCACCAACAUGCCCUGAGAGGCAGGACUAACUGAGGCGGGUGGAAAGGAAGGAAGGAAGGAAGGAAGGCUGGAUGGAUGGAGGAACGGAAGGAUGGAGGAAAGGGAGAGAGGCAGAGAGAGAGAGAGAGGGAGGUCAGAGUGAAAGGAGGCACCAGCGGAGCAUCCUACUUGGAAAGCUCAGCCCAUGCUGGAUUGAAACCUAAGCACGCAUUUAGCCGAAUGUAGGGCCUCUUGUUUGGAUCUUCUUUUUUUUUCUUUCUUCUUUUUAUUUUGGUAGUCAUUCUUAACACCUCUUCAAGAAUUUAAGGGUCUAAACUCUCCGGCUCGCUGUCUCAUUCUAUCUGCCUCCACUCCCCUCUCCUCAAUAAAUCUGUUUUAACUGCUAUUGUUUUUGUUUUUGUUUAGUCUUUUGUUUUGGUUUUAUGGGAAGGGUGGUUCUAAACUCAGAGUGAAAGUGACCUGAUUAUUUUUUUUUAUUAUUAUUGUUAUUAUUCAUAUUAUUAAUAUUAUUUUUGAAGGGGUGGGGGGUGGCAGUCGUCCUGGUGUCUUAAGGACGAGCUGUAACAAAUGACGGAAAAUCCUUUAUCAUUUUCUUUAGCUGGAUGGUGUACAUUUUUCUCUGGUCCUUUUGCUCAUUCAACAAACACUUUAAUCUUCUGCUCUGUUGGCUGUUCAUAUUUUGAAAUAUUUAUGUUUUUUGUUUUGUUUUUUAAGCAGGUCUGUUUACAAAGUUUGUAGAUACUUUUUGUGUUUCUUUCCGUUGGUUGGUUGAUAAGAGCUUUUCCUGCUGUGAUGCAGGAAAAGUAAGAGUUUAAAAUGCAUUUUAAAAAAAAAGAGGAAAUAUUUCAGAUACUGCUGUAUUUUCAGGAAAAAAGGGUGUUUCUAUGGAAACUAAACUAUUUUUGCCUGCAAGUUUUAUUCGUUAUAUAUUUGUAGAUAAAUAGAAACCUUUUAGCCAAAUAGACAACACUAAGGCUUGUACAGCAUUGAGCAGAGGUGAGCAGGUCCAGGAAAGGUUGUGGUGAUGUGGUAGCGUGAGGUUAGCAUAAGGAAUUUUUUUGGACCAGGGCCUCUGACUUUUUACAUUUCUAUAGUAAUCCAUCGCUUUCAAAAGAAGACAUUUUGACAUUAGCUUUGUGUUCCAUGUUGGUGGGACCCCCUGCCCAGUUUCUGGUUCCUUUUUCUCUCUCUCUCUCCUUUUCCUCUAAUAGUGUGAAGAGGAUCCAAAGGGAACGUCACUGACACAGCCACAACAGGAGUCUCCUCAUGUUUUUAAAAGAGCUUUUUACAACACAGGACUCUUGCAUAAGAUGGCUGUCAUUGGGGGGGGGAACUGUUCCUCUAUAGGACUUGUGUUCUCCCCCUCUUGAAACUCGACUAAAAAUGGUCCACAUUUCAUUUUGGUGAUGCAUCCAUCCCUGCCAAUGUACCAUAUUAAGGUUUGUUUACUCAGGCUUAGGAAAGGUUCGAAUUUGAAAACAAUAUAAAAAAGGAUGCAAUGCUAUAAAGAGAAUUUUAAGUUUUAACUUAAGGAGUUUAUGUCUUUAGCUAGUUCAACUGUCGUCAUGGUCAAUGAGGAAAAAAAAGUUAAGCGUGGAUUUUUUUUUUUCGAAUAUUGUUUCAUUGUUUUAUUAUUUUUAUAUUUAAGGUUUCUUUUCAAUGAAAACUUUAAAGCUCCCUGAAGCGUUCUGGUUUGCUGACAUGGAAAAAGGUAAAAACCAAAAAAAAAAAAAAAAGUUUUCUUCUCCCCCCUCAUCUGAUCUGGUUAGACUCCGACCAGUCAUCCAAAUGUUGCUGCAGUUGAUUUGUAGACCAUUGUUUUUUGACACCUGAUAUACUGGAAAAAUGGCAGAAUAAUCUACACUUUUUUUCCAAGCAAGGAGAAAUCUUAGGCAUACACUGGUAGCUCUGCACAGGGUACUUUAUUGAACUACACCUCCCUUGGGAAAUAAAAGCAACCUUUUGAUACAGAUGAAAUACCACAUAGAUGAAAUGUAUCUUUGUAUUUUUAUGGACAAACUCAUGACAAUUUUCAACCUACUGAACCAGAACAGUGUGUGUGGGGGGAGGGAUGGGAGAUAUUUGAUGAAAAAAUUAGUCACAAUUGGGUUGGGGGUUAACUACAAACAUGGGGUUGUGAUUUGGUUCUGUUAGGAAUCUAUUCUACUCAGGGUGGAGGAUGGUAUGAAAGGAAAUGGGCUUUCUAAAUAAAGGCUCAUGGUUGUAAUACUAACACACAGUUAAGUUGUUUUGUUCCAUAUUGUGAAGUAGCUGGUAAACUACAGGGGUGGCUCUAGAGAUAAAUCACCAGGCUACAUGUUUGGACUGUUAGUCCCUUGUUCAGCUGGCUCUUGAAGGGAAAGGUGUGGAGGGGGGUGGGGGGUAGAAUGAGGUAAGGGAUAUAUUUUUCAGCAGUUGGGGCAAUCCCAGUUAUUUGGGGGGGAAACGUUUUUUUUUUUCUUUUUUCUUGUUUUAUUGGAUAAACAAACAAAAAGCAGCUUGAGAUUUGCAAAUAAAAAGGAAAUGGAACGAAACAGGAAUCCAUACGUUUUAUUCUGUAGCUUUCCUCCUGUCAUGGGAAUGAAUGUUUAUCCAUCUGUUUUAUGGAUUUAUUAUUUUUUUAUCUUAACAUUUGGAAAGAAAAUAAAAAGUACUACAUGUCUGUUUAUCUUGAGCAAUGUAAAUGGUUAUCGUGAUUUGAUUUACAUUUGAAACUUGUUGAGUAAUGUGUAUGGUUUUUAAGAAUAAAAGAAAAUAAUAAUAUUUAGCCUA